UUCUUUUGACCAUAAAGUUAUAUGGAGGAGGAAGUAAAUAAACAUGACCGAGGCAACGGCUUCACUCUAUGACUACAAAAGCACACCUCCCAAAGUAGCGUAGGUCCCCUUUCCUCAUUUCACCCGUUCAAAACAAAGGAAACGCAAAAAAGUGACGUGAAAGCUUAGAGAGACACUCCCCAGUCCUCGGCACAAAAGAAGCAUUGCCUGUAUUAACUAAAACCUUGGCUUUUCUCAGCUCUCUGUCUUCCUCAGUCUUCCCCUUCCCCUUCCCCUUCCCCGUCCUCCUCUAAGACGAAGGAAAUGGAGGAGAAUGGGCUGCGUUCUACCCCGCGUUUAACUCCAGCCACUCUGCUGCUGCUAUUGCUACUGCUUGUGUACUGUAACUUUUCUUCGGUGGUGUCUUCUUCUACUACUGCUGCUUUGGAAGGGGACCUCAGUGCUCUGCUGGAGUUCAAGGCCGCGUGCGACUCGGGCGGGAGGCUGGCGAGUUGGAACCGGUCCGACCCCUCGCCGUGCGUGUCCUGGCACGGGGUCACCUGUGCCAGGGGCCGGAUCACUCGGCUUGUCCUUGAAGACCUCGACCUCCCCGGCCCUGCCGGCCUCCCGGCCCUCACCCGUCUCGACCAGCUCCGGGUUCUCAGCCUUAAGUCGAACCGCCUCUCUGGGCCCAUCCCCGACCUCUCGCCGCUCUCCGCCCUCAAGCUUCUUUUCCUCGCCCACAACGAGCUCUCCGGACCCAUUCCCCCGUCCGUCGCCUCGCUCACUCGCCUCUACCGACUCGACCUCGGCUCCAACAACCUCACCGGCUCGGUACCGGCCUCGCUGAACCGGUUGUCCCGCCUGCUCACCCUCCGGCUCGACUCAAACCGGCUGUCCGGUCCCAUCUCCGGCCUCGUGCUACCCCGCCUCCAAGACCUCAACCUGUCGUCGAAUCUGCUCUCCGGAGCCGUGCCGCCGUCGCUCGCUGCCUUCCCCGCCGCCGCAUUCGCCGGGAACCCAGCCCUCUGUGGAGGGCCCCUUUCCACCUGCCGCGACGUGGUCAGCAAUCCCAGCCGCCCCUCGGCGAGCGCAGCGACCCCCGUCCCCUCAGCCGCCACGGUCGUAGCCUCCUCCCCGUCCGCCAAGCCCGAGGUCGCUCCUCCUCACCAUGCCGCCGCCGACGCUGGUCGCGGAGGUAUGAACAGGGUGGCCGUGGCGACCAUCGUCGUAGGCGACUCGGCCGUGCUCGUCCUCGUCUCCGGCCUCCUCUUCUGCUGCUUCUGGCGCAAGUUCGCCGGAAGGAGCCCAUCCCGCCUCCACGAGGGGGAAAAGAUAGUCUAUUCCUCCGGUCCCUACGCCGUCCAGGGCAGCGCAGCGGGCGCCACCACCGGGGGCGGAUUCGAGAGGGGAAAGAUGGUGUUCUUCGAAGGAACGAAGCGGUUCGAACUGGAGGACCUCCUCCGGGCCUCGGCGGAGAUGCUGGGGAAGGGCGGUUAUGGGACGGCCUACAGGGCGGUGCUCGAUGACGGCACCGUGGUCGCCGUCAAUCGCCUCCGCGAGGUCCACCUCGGGGGCAAGCGCGAGUUCGAGAGCCAGAUGGAGACACUCGGGCGCUUGCGGCACCCCAACCUUGUCUCACUCAAAGCAUACUACUACGCCCGCGACGAGAAGCUUCUCGUAUACGACUACAUGCCCAAUGGCAGCCUCUUCUUCCUCCUCCAUGGGAACCGAGGGCCGGGGAGGACGCCACUGGACUGGACGACGAGAAUGCGGAUCGCGUCUGGGGCGGCGAGGGGAUUGGCGUUCAUCCACCAGGCGAGCCGCUCGCCGAAGCUGACGCACGGCAACAUCAAGUCCACCAACAUCCUUCUCGACAAGGAGGGCAAUGCACUGCUCGCCGACGCCGGGCUGGCCCUCCUGGGAACGGGCGCCGCGGCGGCCGGGAGGGCCAACUGUUACCGGUCACCCGAGGCACCUGUCGACGGGCGACGACCAUGGGCGUCGCAGCGGGCGGACGUGUACGCCUUCGGGGUGGUGCUGCUGGAGCUGCUGACAGGGAAGCCGGCUGCGAACGGCGGGGCGUCGGCGGUCGACCUACCGCGGUGGGUGCAGUCGGUGGUGCGCGAAGAGUGGACGGCGGAGGUGUUCGACCUGGAGCUGAUGCGGUACAAGGGGAUCGAGGAGGAUAUGGUGGCAAUGCUCCAGAUCGCCAUGAGCUGCAGCGCGAUCGUCCCUGACCAGCGACCAAAGAUGAGCAACGUGUUGAAGAUGAUCGAGGACAUCCGUGGCGGCGGCGGGGGCGGCGGAGACGUCUCGUCCUCUCAUGACUCGUUCGACUCGGUCUCGGACUCGGCUUCUGGAUCCGACGCGGCCUAAUAGCCGUCGGAUGAUGAGUAAUAAAUAAUAGAUGAUCGUGUGCAACAUCUUUGGAUGCCGAGGAAGCCGUAUCAUUUUCCGAUGGAGUUGUCUCAUAGCCUCUGGAGUGGUCUCCAUCAUGGUCACAGCAAAGAAAGAGAAAGCAGUGAAUGCCGCAGCAGCGGCAGCAGAGUGAUGUCUAUGGGAAGUGUGUCAGGCUUGUCAGCGCGUAGCGUGACUGACCUGCUGCGCUCCAUCACCAACACGUGUCUGGAAGUUGCAGGACCUUUACCACGCGUCUUUGGUAAGUCCAAAGCAUUGAGCUAAUUGUGCAGGUUACGUGAGAUCGAGAACGGAGGGAGAGCGGAGAGAGAGCGGAGAGCAGAUGGUACCGACAAGAGGAAGGGACAAGAAAACGGUCUCCACGGCGAAACGGUAUGAUGGUGGAUCGAAGAUUAGCAGCGGUUGAAACAUGAGCUGCAAGCAAUAACGAUACUACUCGUCAUGGCUUCUGUAGCGGUUUUGGCGGUCUCUCCUUAUCCUCUCGUGGGGACAUGACGUAAGAAGGGGAUUCGCGUCAGCACACGUCUCCUGUAUACUUGUGCUGACUCGAUCGUUUCUUCACGGUUGAUGGACGUUCUUCGACGAUCAUCACAGAUCUCAUCAUUCAACGACAUCCUUCGAUCUUAUAUUGUUACAUCCGUUGAAACUCAUCAGCCCUUAUAGAGAGAGCUCAGAUCUCAUGUUGUUGAUCCAUUCAACAAUUAUGUGCUUCAUCGACUUUCCUCGUGAAAUGAUCAACAAUUAUGUGCUUCAUCGACUUUCCUCGUGAAAUGAUCGAAACAGAGGAGGAAUUUGUUUCAAAUUUAGAAUGGAAGCAUUGAAGUGUUUCUAAAACAUCUUUUGAUGAUUAUUAUAUCAUCAAGUACUUGGUAAAUUAUAAACA